CACGGGACAGGGCAGGGGCAUCAUGAGCACCGUCGCCAGCCAUAUCAAUCAAGUGACCGAGACCCUGGUGACGCUUGACGAUCAUCGUACUCGUGCUCAGGGAAGACACCGGGGAAGCCUUUGGCGUCGAGAAUCGUCCCGUCGAGCGACGCAUGCUUGCCACAAGCCUCGGGACCGUUCUUGAGUACCUUAGCUAGGUACAUGUGGUCGCCGAGACGGGGACUACGGUAGGUCUCCUUCGCCAUGACGAGCUGAGGACACGGGUGCUUACCUUCCGUCCAGUUCGAAACGCGCGAUCAUGGCGUCGGGCCGGCCGCCAUGGUAUGAGAGAGGUGAGGUCGACCAUUUAAUGGAAAGGCGUGGUACUGACCUGACUCGUCUGCCGCGUUAACAACGGGUCACCGACCCGAUAUAGUGUUUUCGGUGGGCGACAGACACCGUUCACGACGUGAUACGGAAUGCGAGGCGAGUUUGCAGGCCGCGCGCUGGUCAUCUCAUUCGCUCCUUCCCUCGCAAAGUCGUUCCGGACUCGGGCGCGAGUCCCUCGCACCACGUUCUUGACCGACACACUGGAUCGCCGUCCGGUGAGCAAGGAAGCAUGGCCCGGCCACUGCACUGGCUCGGUGUGUCCAACCAUUGCUCGUCAACAGAAGAGCGCCGAAUUGUCGCGUCGGGCACACGCAGGCGCAUCUGCUUGCGGAGGUAGCGGCAGGCAGCCAUCGAGACUGAUCGAGAGCGAGCGGCCAAGGGUCGCAGGCGAGGAUUCGUGGCGAGAGUGUGAGACGUGGCUGCUGGUGGCACACUGGGUCGAUCGUCGGGCAGUGUACGGUGGGCUUGUACGUCGGUCUGACCAACUCGGUGUCCCUGACCAGCUCGCAGCCCAGAUUACGAACGAGGAUGCAAAGCCGCAGUGCACGCUAUUCGACCGCAAUGGGCUCCGGCCCUUGCCUUCCCGUACCCUCUCGGGAUCGUGGCCGGCAGCGGUCGGAGACAAGACAAGUCAUCGUCCGACGAGCGACGCUGGAUGGUUGGCUCGGGGACGCCGAGGUGGGAGCAUUGCUAGUGGGUGAGUAUGGGCGGGUGCGAGCCUCGGGAACGACGGGAUGUAUUCACGGGAGACUCGGAAAACGAGCGAGCGGGAACUCGAGCAGGCGGGGACGCAAGAGGGUAGGAAGGCGGGAGCACAAGCGGGCAGGAAGGUGGUCAUACGAGCAGGCGGGCACGAGCAAGCGGGCGAACAAGGGAGCGAGGCAGAUGGUCCUGGUCCGCAUGCGCAAGUGGGCGGGCGUCGCACUCACCUGUACUGACCUUGCCCUGGCCGGGCCCGGUUCCCCCGACUCCGUGUUACCCUCGCUCCCCCGUCGCAAUAUGCGUGUGCUGCUAUGUACCGCACAGUGUCGAAGUUGAGUCGACGAUUGAAGUGCUAAGCGCCUCGGGCACGAGGCAUCACGUGCACUUGCUCCCAUCUCUCC